UUGUUCGUCCGCUUCCCACGGAAACAAUCUACUUCCUGGAAAGCAAAUGCUCUAUCUAUACAUAAAUACAGAAGCUUCCGCGCUGAAGGUAAACACUCUGUUCACGGAGGCGGCCAGCUCAGACAAGUGCAAAGGUCUCACUGCCUCGGCACGUCGUUCGUGCAGUGCAAGGUGUCCCUCCCAGGCUCCCAGCUCUGCCAUGGCGACCGGGCUAGGAGUCGCCGCGAAGGCCGUGCUGCUGGUGCUAGCGCCGGUGGUGAUCUCCGUGGCGCUCUACAGCCCCAAGGACUUCUCUCCGGCGGAGCUGCCACCCGAGCACAGCUUCGGCGCUGACGUGUCCGCGCCGCGGCACGACGCCCGCGUGCUGGCCGCGAGCGAGCGGAUCGGGGAGGGGCUGCUCCCGGGCCCCGAGGACCUGGCGUACGACGCCGCCGGCGGGUGGCUGUACACGGGGUGCGCCGACGGGUGGGUCCGCCGGGUGAGCGUGCCUGGCGGGGACGUGGAGGGCUGGGCCUACACCGGCGGCCGGCCGCUCGGCGUCGUGCUCGCGGGCGACGGCGGCAUCGUCGUGGCGGACGCGGAUAAGGGUUUGCUGAAGGUUAGGCAGGACAAGACGGUGGAGCUGCUGACGGACGCGGCGGAGGGCCUCAAGUUCGCCCUGACGGACGGCGUGGACAUCGCCGCCGACGGCACCAUCUACUUCACCGACGCCUCGUACAAGUACAGCCUCGCUCACCACUUUCUGGACGUGCUCGAGGCACGGCCCCACGGCCGGCUCAUGAGCUUCGACCCCUCCACGCACCGGACCUCCGUGCUCGCGCGCGACCUCUACUUCGCCAACGGCGUCGCCGUCGCGCCGGACCAGGACUCGCUCAUCUUCUGUGAGACGGUCAUGAGGAGGUGCUCGAGGUAUCACAUCAGGGGCGACAAGGCAGGCACGGUGGAGAGCUUCAUCGACAGCCUGCCGGGGUUCCCGGACAACAUCCGAUACGACGGCGAGGGCCGGUACUGGAUCGCGCUCUCGGCGGGGAGGACGCUGCAGUUGGACGUGUUGAUGUGGUCGCCCUUGCUGCGGAAGCUCGUGUACAUGGUGGAGAAGUACGUGAUGGCGGUGCCGCAGGGCCUGAGGGACGCGGGGACGAUGAGCGUGGCUCUCAACGGGGAGCCGGUGACCAUGUACACUGACCCGGGACUCGCGCUCGCCACCGGCUGGCUCAAGGUCGGGGGCUACCUCUACUACGGGUCGCUGGCAAGCUCGUACAUCAGCAGGGUCGACCUCACCAAAUCAUCCAUCGAAGCCUAGCUAGCUAGGACGGUCAACUCAUCAUCUCUCGAUUGAUUAAUUGUUCGUUCUGAUGAUGAACUCGUGGUACUUUUUUUUUAAGGACACUUGAUGUCAAAAACGCUCUUAUAUUAUGAGAAGGAGAGAGUAGAUGAUACCCCACACCUAUUGCAGAAAUAUUUUGCAAUGUAUUUAAAUAAUAUAUGAUUGUAUGGAACAUGAAUAUUUAGCACAUGAUAACUGAAAGUACAUAUGAUUUAUUGUGUUUAA